AUGGAUUUCAAGAAUCAGACUCUUGCUACAGAGUUUGUUUUUCUGGGUUUCUCCAACAUCACGCAUGGCCGGAUCUACCUUAUCCUGCUGUUCCUCGCCAUCUAUUUGGUGACCAUUCUGGGCAACCUCAUGAUCAUCACCCUCAUCCUGGUGGACUCCCCCCUUCACAGCCCCAUGUCCUUUUUCCUCAGCCACUUGUCCUGCUUGGAUGUCUGCUACUCAACAGUCACAGUCCCCAAGAUCCUAGCAAAUCUCCUUCUCCAAAGGAACACCAUUCCCUACAACCAUUGCUUGGUCCAGAUGUUCUUCUUGAUGGCCUUCUCUGGCUCAGAAUGCUGGUUGCUGGCCAUCAUGGCAUACGACCGCUACGCUGCCAUCUGUCAGCCUUUGCGCUACUCUCACAUCAUGAGCCCAGACAUUUGCAUGCAAGCGGCCCUUCUCACCUGGGUCUGGGGCUUCCUAGAUUCAGCACUGCACACAGCCUUGGCCUCCAAGUUACAUUUCUGUGGAGAAAAUCAGAUCCAUCACAUCUUCUGUGACCUCCCACCACUGCUGAAAAUUGCCUGUGGUGAUAUACAUGUCAACCAGAUAACAACUCAUAUAACCACCAUAUUUGCGGGACUGACCCCUUUCCUUCUUGUUGCCAUCUCAUACAUCUACAUCCUUGCAUCCAUCCUGCGCAUCCGCUCCAACUCGG